ACAGGCUGCGCGUCCGGUUACCCAGAGCUGGGCCGAUGGCGCCGGCGGAGCGCUGCGGUUUGUGCCGCCAGACCUUCUUCUGCGGUCGCGGACACGUCUACAGUCGCAAGCACCAGCGGCAGCUGAAGGUGGCUUUGGAGCGGCUGCUGCCCCAGGUGGAGGCCGCCCGCAAGGCCGUCCGCGCGGCUCAGGUGGAGCGUUACGUGCCCGAGCACGAGCGGUGCUGCUGGUGCCUGUGCUGCAGCUGUGAGGUGCGGAAACACCUGAGCCACGGAAACCUGACCGUGCUGCACGGGGGGCUGCUGGAGCACCUGGCCAGCCCAGAGCACAAGAAAGCAACCAACAGAUUCUGGUGGGAGAACAAGGCCGAGCUCCAGAUGAAAGAGAAGUUUCUCAUCUCGCCCCAAGAUUACGCACGAUUCAAGAAAUCCAUGGUGAAAGGUUUGGAUUCUUAUGAGGAAAAAGAGGAUGAGGUGAUCAAAGAGAUGGCAGCUCAGAUCCGCGAGGUGGAGCAGAGCCGGCAGGAGGUGGUUCGGUCUGUGUUAGAGCCUCAGGCAGUGCCAGACCCAGAAGAGGGCUCUUCGGCACCUGGAAGCUGGAAAGGGACAAACAGCCAAGUAGCUUCCAUCUCACAGCAGCCCUCGUACUUGGACCUGCCACCAGCCCCAGAGCUUGACUGGAUGGAAACAGGACAACCUCUGACAUUCAUUGGCCAUCAGGAUACACCAGGAGUUGGUAACAUCCACUCAGGUGCUACACCUCCCUGGAUGGCCCAAGAUGAGGAAUACAGCUCUGGGAACCAACAAAUAGGACCCUCCUAUGAAGAAUUUCUUAAAGAAAAGGAAAAACAGAAACUGAAGAAACUGCCCCCAGACAGAGUUGGGGCCAACUUUGAUCACAGCUCUAGCACCGGUGCAGGGUGGCUGCCCUCUUUUGGCCGGGUCUGGAAUAACGGACGCCGCUGGCAAUCGAGGCAUCAAUUCAAAACUGAAGCUGCGGCAAGGAACAAACAGUCACAUAAAGAAAAAAGGCUAAUGAUUUCCUGAUAUGUUUUCAACUACCAUCAGAGCUCAAAGCCAAGUCAACAAACCUGUACCUACUAUCCUUUGUAAAUUACCUUUCUCAGGAAACACACAGUCACUUAUUUGAUUUAAUAAAGUUUUAUUUUUCAAAAUGUA